AUGGCGAAACAAGCCCGAACGCGGAUCUAUGGCAAUGAUGCCAUUGACAGCAUGCCAGAGCUGGUACAGGAAUGGUACCAUGCUGUUGGCACGCCAAUGGGAGUUGGAAACAUGGCAUGGGCCAAAGAGUGCGUCAAGAAAGGAGUCGAUGUGAACGCACGGUUGGAUGCCUACGGUGGCACGGCCCUUUUCCUUGCCAUCGAGCAGGGGAAUUGGCCCAUGGUGAAAUGGUUGGUCGAGGAAGCACAAGUUGACAUGCAGGUCUUGGACUAUGGCGGCUACAAUGCCCUAGACUAUGCGGCCGCGUGUCAUUGGCACCACCCAGACCGACCGCCCAUGUUGGCCGACGGAAAGUUGGCGCCCAUGGACAUUGCCAGUUACCUGAAGAGCCAGGGGAUGAAGUACACCUGGUUCGGGGCUGCCUUGGCUGAGGAUAUCGAUAGGCUAUGGGAGUUCCUGGACAAUGGUCAGGAUGUAAAUGAGCGAGGUGGCCAUUUCAACAAGAGUGCUCUUGAAGAAGCGGCCGACAAUGGGGGCUAUUGGACUGCCAAGUUCCUGAUGGUGAAGGGAGCCCAGGUCAGCGUCACGCCCAACUGGAUCUAUGCCAUGUCACCUGAGAACUUUUGUGCACCAAAACAGAUCUCAUUCGCAUCAUUCGCCAUGCCGUUGCGCCCAUGUCGUGCCAUGCACCGGCUGGGCCUUCGUUGGAGUGCCACACAGACGUCAGUUGGAGCUGGACUGGAGGGAAAUCGCUAUUUCACCAAGACACAGGAGUGGUUCCAGGUUGAAAGCGAUGGCAUCGGCACCAUAGGUAUCACCCAGGUGGCCCAGCGCGCCUUGGGUGAGAUUGUCUACUGCCGUUUGCCCGAGGAAGGGACGCGCUUCAAGGUCAUGGACACCGUGGCCACCCUGGAGGCGGUCAAGACGGUGGGGGAGGUGCACAGCCCGGUGGCCGGCGAGGUGAUCGAGGUGAACAGCAGCUUGGAGCAGCAGCCCUGCUUGGUGACGCAUAGUCCCUUGAGCGAUGGAUGGUUGUUGCGCCUGGCGUUUGAUGGAAAGAUCCCCAGAUAUUUGCGACGCAGCAGUGCAGUUCCACGAUGGCAGAUUGAGCCUCUGCUGGCUGAUGUGGAGGGUUUGCAGAACUUCUUGCAGGAGAAACUGGUGCAGGACGGUGAGAAUACCUUGGAAGAGUUGACAUUUGCCAAUCUUGGCGCCUUUGAGCGCAGCUACCUGCACAGAGCUGCACAGGAGCUGGGCCUUUUCACUGCCUCCUACGGCACCGGUGCCGGGCGCCAGCUGUUGCUGCGCCGCCGGCCCUUCAAGACCGCCGAGGAUGAGGACCCCGAGGACGCCGAGGACGGCGAGGACGCCGAGGAUGGCGAGGACGCCGAGGACGGCGAGGCGGAGAAGCCCGAGUGGGUCCCCACCCCCGAGCCGCUGAAGCGGCUGCCGCGCAACCGGAAGUGGCGUAAGGUUCGGCUGCUCCAACGGUAA